AGGUCAGUUACAUGGAGAUCUACUGCGAGAGAGUUCGAGACUUGCUAAACCCCAAAAACAAAGGGAAUUUGCGGGUCCGGGAACACCCACUGCUCGGGCCUUAUGUGGAAGAUCUGUCCAAGCUUGCUGUCACUUCUUACACCGAUAUCGCAGACCUCAUGGAUGCUGGGAAUAAAGCAAGGACGGUAGCGGCCACCAACAUGAACGAGACUAGCAGUCGCUCUCAUGCUGUCUUCACCAUAGUUUUCACUCAGAAGAAGCACGAUGCUGAAACCAACCUUUCCACCGAGAAGGUGAGCAAAAUCAGUCUGGUGGACCUCGCCGGGAGUGAGAGAGCUGAUUCUACUGGUGCCAAAGGGACUCGAUUAAAGGAAGGAGCAAAUAUCAACAAGUCCCUCACCACACUGGGGAAGGUGAUUUCGGCCUUGGCGGAAGUGAGUAAGAAGAAAAAGAAAACGGACUUCAUUCCCUACAGGGAUUCUGUGCUGACAUGGCUACUUCGGGAAAACCUAGCAUCCAUGGGCUCGCUCACCGCAUCUCCAUCUUCCUGCUCUCUCAGUAGUCAGGUGGGCUUAACGGCCGUCUCCAGUAUCCAAGAACGGAUCAUGUCCACGCCCGGAGGAGAGGAAGCCAUUGAACGUCUGAAGGAAUCGGAGAAAAUCAUUGCAGAGUUGAAUGAAACCUGGGAGGAGAAAUUGAGGAAGACCGAAGCAAUCAGGAUGGAGAGAGAAGCUCUUUUAGCUGAGAUGGGAGUCGCCAUCCGAGAAGACGGAGGCACCCUUGGCGUCUUCUCACCGAAAAAGUGAUUGUCAUCCUGGAACCGUGUGAGUGCUCAGAAACCUAUGUCAAUGGCAAAAGGGUGAUCCAGCCGGUACAGCUGCGUUCAGGAAAUCGCAUUAUUAUGGGCAAAAACCACGUCUUCCGCUUCAACCACCCUGAGCAGGCGAGGGCUGAAAGAGAGAAGACGCCCUCGGCUGAGACUCCCUCCGAACCAGUCGACUGGACUUUUGCCCAGAGAGAAUUGCUGGAGAAGCAGGGAAUUGAUAUGAAGCAGGAGAUGGAGAAAAG